AUACUACAUCCCUUUUCAUCGUCUUGGGUACUGUCCAGCUGAGCUGGUUCUUGAUCAAUUCGCAAUGGGUGGUUGCGAUGAUGGUAUGGUCAAUUUUCUAGGAUUGUGUUCGGCAUCAUCCAUGGCUAGAUGUGACACCGUCGGAUCUUAACGAUUGGUCUGCGCAGUGAAGGCGGAUGUUACAUGAAGUACUAAGCUAUGCAUUGACAAACGCCUGCACUUGGCUUCACUUGACAUUCACUGGCAUUGGUUGGGAAGUUGCAGUUUCUGUUUGGUUCUUUUGUUUGCUCCUGCCAUUCCUUUGCUUUACUCUAGAUCUGUUGUCUCUGCCUCCAUAUCUCAUCUCUCUCUUGCUGAAUCCGCUCCCUAUUACUUACGCACUCGUUUCCUCGUCAUCAUCGAAUUAAAAUCGCCAGAAUGUUCGUCUUCAGCCGAAAGGACCUCCCUGCGGAAGCUGUCUUCCCCGCGGACCUGGAGAAAUUGGGGUAAGAGGGACUGAGAUGAGACCCAUUGCACAAUUCAUCUCAACUAACUAAGG